AUGGGUACCAAUUCUUCGCGAACAACAAACCUCGCAUUGCUGGCCCUGGCCAAGGAUUCGGUUCUCCUGCCAGGUGUCACCCUCCGCAUCCCCCUCUCCGACCGUGCUGAUAUCCCUCUUCUCCUGACCUCUCUCUUCAGCAAAACCUCCUCAAAAGCCGGAAAUGCUACCCUUGUUGGCUGUGUCCCCCUCAGCUCGCCGUUUCUGAGCAGGGAUGGCAAGCAACUGCUGGAGAAUGGGGACGCAGCAAGUGCACGAUCAGAGGCUUCCCGGACAGUGGAGCCAUCCAAAGCUUCCAAGAACGAUAUCUUCGGCUAUGGCACUGUGGCUAAGGUAGUUGGUGUUCAGGGGAGACCAAAUAGCGAACCAUAUCUGCUCGUAGAGGGAUUGAGGAGGUUUUCGAUUCGCAAGGUUACCAGGGAAAGUCCAUAUCUUGAGGCUGAUGUUACUCUACAUGAUGAGAUCGCCCCUAUUGCCACCGACCUAGAAAUUGUGAAUCUGUUUGAUCAGGUCAAACGUUUGUCAAGAGAACUUUUGGCCUUCCUUAGACUUACCUCCUUCUUUUCCCAGCAGACAGCGGGUAUCUCGCCCUUGCUUGCUAGACGAUUCGAGCUUUUCAUUGCCAAAAAGAAUAUCUCCCAAGCAGGUAUGCUCGCUGAUUUUAUGGCUGAUGUGGUGGAAACUAGCUUCGAAGAAAAACUACAGCUUCUUGCCUCAGUAGAUCUGAAGGCUAGACUGGAAAAAGUUGUCGAACUUUUGUCCAGACAGGUUCAAGGCAUGAGGAAUAACAUCAAGGUGACUUCCGUCACCACGUCGAGCAACCCCUCAAAUUUUGGCGUUGAUAUCAACCAAUUGGAUCCCCGCCAAAGAGAACUUCUUGCCAGACGCUCUAUGGCGGGAAUGAAUGGGUUUCCAUCCGGCAUCAAUGGAGGCUUUGGUGAUGGUGGAGAAGAGAAGGAGCCAAACGAAAUUGAUGAACUACAACAGAAGCUUCAGGAUGCUCAGUUGAGCCCUGAAGCCCAGAAGGUAGCAGACAGAGAACUCAAGCGGCUCCGUAAGAUGAACCCUUCCAACGCCGAAUAUGGAGUUUGUCGAACGUACUUGGAAAACAUAGCCGAGAUUCCUUGGACCAAAGUCACUGAAGACCAGCUGGGGGUGGAAACGCUCCAGAAAGCUAGAAAGCAGCUUGACGAUGAUCAUUACGGCCUAGAGAAAAUUAAAAAGCGACUUCUGGAGUACUUGGCUGUCCUCAAGUUGAAACAGACCCUCAAUAAGGACGUUGAGAACCAAAUUUCGAAACUCUCCACGGAUUUAGCUGCUAUUGAAAACAAGGGUGAUGAAGCUGAAUCUAAUUCUGACGCUAAGAGAGAUGCUAUGGAAACCAAACUGCAGCUUCUCAAGGCGAAGCGUAUGGGAGAUAAGUCUCCAAUUAUGCUUCUUGUCGGUCCUCCUGGGACUGGAAAGACCAGUCUUGCCAAAUCCGUGGCCACAGCACUUGGUCGCAAAUUCCAUCGCAUUUCUCUUGGAGGCGUAAGAGACGAAGCUGAGAUUCGCGGCCAUCGCAGGACAUAUGUCGCUGCUAUGCCUGGCCUUAUUGUGAAUGGCCUAAAGAAAGUGGGCGUUGCCAACCCAGUCUUCCUGCUUGAUGAGAUUGACAAAGUGGGCGGCUCCAAUUUCCAUGGCGAUCCAUCAGCUGCAAUGUUAGAAGUGCUUGACCCUGAGCAAAACCACAGCUUCUCAGACCACUACAUCAACAUCCCCAUCGACCUGAGUAAAAUAUUGUUUAUCGCCACUGCAAACUCUCUGGAUACCAUCCCCCCUCCGUUGUUGGAUCGUAUGGAGACAAUCCAACUUUCAGGCUAUACAACAGUCGAGAAGAACCAUAUCGCAUCCCGCCAUCUCGUCCCCAAACAGAUCCGUACCAACGGUCUCUCAGAUGGCCAAGUCAUCCUCUCUGACGAUGUUCUCGAGAAAAUCAUAGCAGCCUACACCCGCGAAUCAGGAGUACGCAAUCUCGAGCGCGAAAUUGGCUCCGUCUGCCGCUACAAGGCCGUCCAGUACGCCGAAGCCCGAGACGCAGGCAAGGAAGAAACCUACAACCCCAACGUCUCCAUCGAAGAUCUCGACGAGAUCCUCGGCAUUGAGCGCUUCGACGAGGAAAUCGCCGAAAAGCACGCGCGUCCGGGCAUCGUAACGGGUCUCGUCGCCUACUCCACGGGCGGACAGGGUAGCAUCCUCUUCAUCGAAGUCGCCGAUAUGCCAGGGAACGGCCGCGUACAGCUAACGGGGAAACUGGGCGAUGUGCUAAAAGAAUCUGUCGAAGUGGCUCUUACAUGGGUGAAAGCGCAUUCGUAUGACUUGGCCCUCACCCACGACCCGAAUGAGGAUAUCAUGAAACAUCGCAGCUUGCAUGUGCACUGCCCGUCCGGCGCGAUUCCGAAAGAUGGACCCUCUGCUGGACUUGCACAUACGAUUGCUUUGAUAUCGUUGUUCUCUGGCAAGACAGUGCCCCCAGACGUCGCUAUGACGGGUGAGAUAUCGCUGCGGGGCCGCGUGAUGCCUGUUGGAGGCAUCAAGGAGAAACUUAUCGGCGCGCACCGUGCGGGUGUGAAGACAGUUCUGCUCCCGGAACACAAUCGUAAGGAUGUAAGGGAUGUACCCGCGGAGGUUAAGAAUAGUUUGGAGAUUGUGCACGUCAAUCACAUCUGGGAAGCAAUCCGACACAUCUGGCCGCAGGGUCACUGGCCAGGCGAACACACUCCCGUUUUUCAGAGUAGACUAUAA